AUGAAUUUGGAUUUAAAUAUCCAAUUCUACUUCCGUUCAAAGCAUCAUAUUGUGCAAAGUCUAGUGCUCGAAUACCAUAAAAAGAAUUCUCAUGCCGGUGUUCAAAUGCUCAUGUCAAUGAUUAGAGAAGAAUAUUGGAUUAUUUCAGCUAGACAAACAAUUAGAUCAAUAAUCAAGAAAUGCAUUACCUGCAAGAGAUUCACAACAAAGUCACCUUCAACCAUACCUAUUCAUUUACCUUUAGACAGAGUACGGGACGCUCGAACUUUCGAAGUCACCGGAAUUGACUUGUGUGGUCCCCUUAUUCUUAGGAAAAGGACUAAAGCCUGGGUGGUGCUGUUUACAUGCGCAGUCUACAGAGCAAUACAUUUGGAGAUCGUGACAUCCUUAAGUGCAGAUUGCUGUGCACUCGCGUUGAGAAGAUUCAUCGCUCGACGGGGCCGUUCGACAGUUAUCUAUAGUGACAACGGAACGAACUUUAUCGGUGUCUCUGGUGCAUUGAACCAAAUUGAGUGGCAAAAGAUAGCUGCUCUUGAAACUCUAAAUCCAAAUAACUGGAAAUUCAUUCCCCCAACCGCAGCAUGGUGGAGCGGUUGGUGGGAGAGACUAAUUCGCAUAGUUAAAAUUCUACUUGUUCGAGUUCUUGAUGAGUUGAGGCCUCUAACACCAUCCAACUUUCUCCAAGAUGUAAAAGAGAUUGGAACGGCUGAUCUUGAUGAUUUGGAUAGGAACAAACUGGUAAAGAGAGAACGUUAUUGCCAAGAACUACGUGAACAAUUCAGGCGACGAUUCCGGAAAGAAUACUUAGGUCAGUUGGUGCAAAAAGCUGGCACAUCUGACAAAAUUUUCAAAGUUGGAGAAGUGGUCCUUGUUGGCCCUGAACACCAAAAGAGACUUAAUUGGCCACUUGCAGUGAUUGAAGAACUGUAUUCUGGGAGAGACGGCCAUGUGAGAGUCGUCAAAGUCAAAACUCCACUUGGUCAUCUCGUUCGUCCAGUCAAAAAAAUUUACCCUGUAGAGGUUAAUUCUUCUGGGGAUCCCAUUAUACCAGAUCAACAUACUACUAAUGACCCACCAGCAACAUCACAGAAUGACAUUCCAAUUCAGAAUGAUGUUUCAGCAGCUCCUCGGACGUCAAGAAGCAGCAGAGUAAUCAAGAUACCUAAGAGAUUGGGCUACUUGAACUUUCGAACUUUGCUGAUUUACCUCGAAGGUG